UGCGAGAUGACUCAUUGCCGCGCCGAACGCGACGUCCGCGCUGCCUGGUGGUUGUGCGUGUAAUCGGGAACAGCUGUCGUCCGUGUGGUUCGUGUCAAAUCUUGGCAGGGGGUUAGCUGUGCGUUAGCCUGCGUUAGGACUGCUGCGGGUCGCGGUACUGGCGUUUCAGCGAGCCGCUUCAGGCGGAGGCUCUUCUCGCGUUCGGAAAGAUUUUCACGUGAUCCGGGAAGCAACGACACGACAGCACCAUGGCGUUCGCCGGGCUCAAGAAGCAGAUCAACAAAGCGAAUCAGUACAUGACGGAGAAGAUGGGCGGAGCGGAGGGGACGAAGCUCGACGUCGAUUUCGUGGAUAUGGAGAGAAAAACAGACGUCACGUACGAGCUCGUGGAGGAGCUGCAGAUGAAGACGAAGGAGUUCCUCCAGCCAAACCCAACGGCAAGGGCGAAGAUGGCUGCGGUCAAGGGUAUCAGCAAGCUUAGCGGUCAGGCAAAGGCGUCCACCUACCCUCAGCCGGAAGGUGUACUUGGCGAUUGCAUGCUCCUUUAUGGCAAGAAAAUGGGCGAGGACAGCAUUUUCGCCCAGGCUCUCAUUGAAAUGGGCGAAGCCAUGAAGCAGAUGGCGGAUGUGAAGUAUUCGUUGGACGAUAACAUCAAGCAGAACUUCCUCGAGCCGCUGCACCAUCUGCAGACCAAGGAUCUCAAAGAAGUGAUGCACCAUCGGAAGAAACUGCAGGGCCGUAGGCUGGACUUCGAUUGCAAGCGAAGACGCCAGGCGAAAGGUUCUCACGUUUCAGACGACGAGAUUCGUCAGGCCGAGGAGAAGUUCGCGGAGAGCCUCCAUCUGGCGCAGAUGGGCAUGUUCAAUCUGCUGGAGAACGACGUCGAACAAGUGGCACAAUUGGCAACUUUCAGCGAGGCUCUUCUCGAAUAUCAUCAACAGUGCACUGAGGUUCUCAAGGGAUUAACAGAAAUUCUCUUGGAAAAGAAAGAGGAGGCCGUAAAUAGACCAAAGUUGGAAUUCGUGCCGAAGACACUGGCGGAUCUGCACGUGGAGGGCGGAUUGCCGACGUCGGACCAUAUGAACGGUGGGAACUUCUCUCUUCACGGGGCAAGUCGGUCCAGCUCUCCGAUUCAUGCGGACGGGAAGCGCUCGCAGCUCGAGCUAUUUCCGGCCGGAAACCCGCCACAAUCUGCUAAUGCUUCUCCCUUGCCCUCCCCGAGCAAAUCGCCAGCGAGAACGCCGAUGAUGACACAGAGAGGGCCGUGCUGCACAGCCCUGUACGACUUCGAGCCCGAGAAUCCCGGUGAACUUGGAUUUAAGGAGAACGACACGAUCACCUUGACCCAGAAGAUCGAUGAGAAUUGGUUCGAGGGUAGCUUGGACGGCCGCACCGGUUACUUCCCCGUGACCUACGUGCAGGUCGUAGUGCCAUUACCCUAAGAGGACGCCGCGCAUCUCGAAGCCAAAGACCCUGCGUAUUCGUUCACUAGCGUCUACCAUUACAGGAUUACUCUGCUCUCCAGCUAGCCUAAAACCUAGACGGCCCUUCGACGACCUUUAUCUUACCUAUCUAUUGUCACUUAUGUUGCGGUUACAAGCUUAUAUCCAAGACACGAUCCCGAGUUUCUCUAGACCUCUCUCCCUGCCCUCUACACAGAGAACCCCGCUCCUCCUCCACAGACCCGAGAAUAGACCUCUGUUACGCAUGUUAAUGUACAUAUAUAAUGUUAUAGUGUAUUUUAUCGACGUAAGGACCUUCGCGCGCGCAGAGAUAUACACAUAUAUACACACACGAAUGCAUACCCAGGAAGUACGUGCAUAGAUACAUAUAGACGUUAUUAUACAUAUAUAUAUAUACAUAUACAGAACUUGCAAAUAACUGUAUUAAUACGUAUACAUAUAUAUAUACACACACGUACACGCAUAUACAGACACUCAGACACAAAGUAUCUACGAUAGCAGUUCACUGUCAAGGGCGGCUCUCUCCUCAUCUACUUUUCUACAUUAUCUUCCGUCUCUCGUCGAGAUGCUUUCGGGAUAUUUUCAAUACAGUUCGAGUGCACAAAGGAGAAAAUCGAGCCUAGCGUGAAUCGAUUUACGGCGGAGCGCGCGAAUUUUCCGAUAGUUCCCUCUGGCAUUUAAUUAGUUUCGCCGCACCGCAAGUGUCGUAUCGUUCCGGUAACGAGCCGAUAACUCGGCGCUCGUUUGUUCCGUUGCAAGCUGCACUUCGGUUCGGAUAUAUUAUGUAUCGCUUGUGGAUUUCGGACGUGGUGAGAUUACUCCAGCCGUUUGUUGAAUUCGUCGCUGAGGUAAGUGGAGGCUUUCAGCUCGAGCAUUAUCGAAAUUAGCGUUAAUCCUUGUAAUACUUGUAUAAUUAAUAUUAAUAUUAAUAAUAUAAUUGUUAAUAUAUUAAAGAGAAAAUAAUUGAAAUUGUUAAUCAACACUAGAUCAUUCGAUAAAGUGAUGUCAAUUCAAUCUAGAAGUGAAGUCGUUAAGCUUCCGAUAUAAAAGACACUAUUAAAUGACCUUGAGAUUCUUCUAUGACUGUUGCACAAUUUUAAUUAUAUAUUUCAUUGUUACAUGAGAGAGUGAAUUUUAAUGCAGCUGGAGCAGUCUUACUCCGUUCCACACUUACUCGCUCUCCUUUCGCGUAACGCAAAGGAUUCUUGGCCACUAAGUCGCGUAAGUUUUGUCAUUACUCUCAUUCAUCAUGUUAAUUAAUUAAGCGCACGGCUUUCCUCGCGAGAGUUCGAUCAUUCGACCGCGGCACAUGUUUUGCGUUGGUCCGCGCGGCGCAGCAAACUCGUUACUCGUGUAAUGUACUCGUAUAUAAUAAUAAUGUUAUCGCAAUUCGUGUUUCCAUUCCUCAGCCGAUCGACCGUUCUUUCGGCUGCUUACCAUUCUAUCCUCGUUCUUUUUUUUCUCUUUUUCUUUUUUCAUUAAUUGCUAGACGAUACUAGCUAUAGAAGUUAGGAUUUACUUUAAGCGAAACCUCGAAAUGGCGGCAAAUCUCUUCCACGAAGUCAUUAUCUGUGAUUAUUAUAGACAAUUGCUGGCAUUAAUUGUUUUUGACAGUGACGAUCUAGUUCCGUUGUCAGAAAACUUCCGGGUCGGUGUUAACGGUGGAACAAAAACUGAAUGGAAAAUCGAUUUAUCGGAAACUUUGUUCAAUCAAAUACCUUUUGUGUUCGCGCGACUAUACCGCUAUUUCGGAUUUAUUUUUAAUUGCAGAAAAAUGUACGCGACGAAAUAUCUAACUGUGGCAAUUUCUGAAGGAAAGAUUAUUUCUCUACUGGAAAUCCAUUUUAAAAACUACGUCGAGUUAUGCAAAAUAAUACAGUUUUUAAUUAAUAUAUAAUUUUCAAGUUUCAUUUCUUUUCUAGUUUUUUUUCUUCAACACACCUGAAACUUUUCCGACACCUUUUACGACAUAUUUUACCGCAGAUCGCGUCGUUUUAAAGAAAUUUUUAAUUAAUGAUUUAGAGAGUGUAAAUAUUGUUUUUUUUUACGUUACAUACGUUGAAAAACAGCCAGGCGCAGUAGCUUUAGUUAAUUAUUAACUUGCGAUGUAGUAGCGCAAAAAUACGAAACGAGAAUGAGAAGCGACAGACUUUAACCCAGAACGUUUAUACAUGAUUAAGUACUUGUUUUAUAGCGAGCACCCGGUAAUAUUACGGUUAUAUUUUCGCAGGCGUCCCGUUGUCGGCUUUCCUUUCUCCCUUUCUGACUUUGUAUGAGAGUUCAACCGCCAGAACAAUGAAAGUAAUUAAGGAAACUUUGGUUAUUUGUUGCCACGUGGAUUUUAGGUAAAUCUUCGAGCGAGAUAUCUGCUAAGCAUAAUGUAAUGACACUAGAGUAUAUUACUUACACGUAUACAUAUUGUCGAUAAAGGCGACGGCGAAUAAACCCGACCGCGUUAUAUCUCUUCAUUAUCAUUGUUCAUAUAUUUUAUUGUCAUUACUAAUAUCAUUGUAAUCGCCGGGCUGGCGAAACUGGUUCUUGAUUACAUAUACAUUGAAUUCAGAAUGGGAUUCUAUUAAACCGAAGGACUUUAGACUCGGGACAUUUUCCGAAUUGAAUGUGCCGUUAAUUAGGGUAAGUCAGAUACGCAGAAGAAGUAGAAUAAUCUGAUUUCGUAGCUCUCAGCUUUUCCCAGAUAAUUUGUGCCGUUCGUUAAAUUACUUUUCGAGCGGCAAGCGUAAGAUUCUCUAAAUAGAUCGUAGAGCUAACGAGUUUUUAAGAGAAUUAUAGAAUUUUCGUACGUAGCGUAGUGCGAUGUAAGGGAAGACGGAUGGCUUAAAAUAGUGAUAAAUCUCUUUACAUUCCGUUGGAAUUAGAGUAUCCUAUAUACAAGUAUUAAAGUGACAUAUAGCUAUAGAAAUAUACAGUCAAAUCGGAGAAUGUUCCUUGUCCCCGCAGAGAGCGACACGCCGAUAACGGAAGGCACGUUCGUUCAUGAUUAACAUAAUUAAAAUCUACGAUCGCUAUAACGAUUAACAAUACCACCGAUGUUAUCACUUGCUGCUGUCACCGUCGCCAGUUAAGUCCUUUACUUGAGACGGACGAGUAAUAAACGGAGGACAAGUCGCGUGGAACGUGGAAAAGAAAAAAGAAAGAUCCGCAUGCAAAUUUUCAUCUACACUAUAAUCGCUGUGAGAUAAAAAUGAAAUCCCUUUCGGAACUCGAGGUGUUAUCGAUGUUGUGCAAUAUUAAGAGUUUAACAUCACGGUGUUUAGCCGGUGGGGGCCAUCGUUGGAUCAGUGUUUCUCAAAACAUUGCGACAGGAUUUACAAUGGGAAAUGGAAGAGGAGGGGCGACAAAGUGGAGCGAAAGUGAAGGGCGAUUGUUUCGGAUUCAACUAAUAGCCACUUCUGUUCACGUGCACGAAGGGUGUAAAUCUGGCGAAAUUUAUACCAAUUCUUUUUUGCGUAAUAAAGGCGUCCGGUCACUUUCGUUCCAGCGAUCUCGUCCGAUGCGAAGCGAAAAGUUCGCAUCGAACGGAUGUGAAAAUCGUUCGAAAACUACGCGAUUUUCACUCUCGGUUAUUCGCAUGGUAUAUUUGGCGCGUCCUUGUGACGGAAUUACUUUCUGGAAGCUUCUUAAAGUUUCCGCAAAAUUGAAUCUAAAUCAGCUAUGAACGAACAUGCACGGUGUGCCUUGAAAUUAUCAUCCAGCACUCUUUGAUGGGCACAAAUUAAUUACCGCGCUGAAAUAUUGACAAUAUGAUAACGAAAAAUGUAGAUAAUGAUAGAUUAAAAUUAAGAAUUGAACGUUUACCAUGCAAACAUAAAAAGAACAAUUUUACUGUGUAUCUAAAAAUUUAGCUAGAUACAGUUCAAAAAAUAUGUUGGUCUAUCAAAAUUGUUAUACGAGACAUUCAAGCAUGAUGAUACUGUUGCAAAAAGUUUGACAGUCUAGCAAUUAGUUUAAACGUCCAACAUAAAUUUUUAAUAGUUCAACGUAAUUAUUUUCAGAUCAGUAUUUCAGUAAAAUUGUUCUUUCCGUGAAUAAGUGAUAUUAACUUUUAUUUUUUUUAAUUUUAGUAAUUUUUGCAUUGUAUAUAACGGAUUUCUAUCUAACAUAGAGAAGGUUAAAAAAAUUGCCUGUUGAAUUUCCGAUGCGAGUAACCGAAAAUUGAAAGAAGCGACUUCAACCCCUCAAGUUGAUCGUAGUGGAAUCAUGUUUUUUGUCAAUAUAACUGGUGCGAGUCUGAUGAAGCUUUGUCAAUUAGAAUGAUAGCAAUAAAACGCUGAUUAUCUCGUGUGACGAAUGUAGGGGCGGAUAAUGAUUGUUCAGGGUCCGAAGCUAAUCAAUUUUCAGAUCCCCCCCAUCACAAUGAAAAUUUAAAAAGAUUAAAAUCUCUUGUUCUACGCAAUUGAUGAGAUAUCUCUAUACGAGAGAACUACUGCCACUAUCAGAACGUAUAGACAACGUAUUAGUAACGUUCGAAGAGCUAACAAAAUCUAAUAGUUUUCACAGAUUAAUAUAAUUUUAAUAAAUGUUAGCAAUGAUGAGAGAUAAUUUUCCUCGUAAAAUAGAGAUAUACAUACAGUUUAAAAUUGCAGUUUGAAAUAAAACAGUGUCUUAUGUGGACAGUUAAUUGCACAAACAUUUAAAAUACAAAAGAAUGGCGGUAUCUUUGCGAUACCGUGUAACUAUUUAAAUGAGACGAAUGAAAUUAUGAUGGGGAUCGCUUGAUUAGUUGCAAGACCCGAGCUUAAAUAUUCUCAACGUCCAAAAAAAAAAAUCCGCUCCUGAUCGAGAAUUCUCGCCGAUCGGCAGAGGGAAGAAAUAAAUUUGAGAAACACUGUACUGGAGGAAGACGAGAGAGAAAUAUACAUAUAUAUGCUAUUACUAUUUGUGCGGGAAGAAAUUUAUAUUGCUGCGUGAUAUACUACGUUAAUUUAUAUAUGUAUAUGUCACGUCGGUCCGCGCUUUGCGUUCGAUUGUUCGUGGACCGUCUGGCGCAAUCUGGCAUGACGGAUAAGGAAAAAGAAGAAACACACGAAAAUGGCGGCGAGAUUAGCGCGAUCACGAGAGAGAAUGAACUUAAUGAUAAAUACUAAAAUCGGUAUCUUAUUCUAUAAAUCUUAUUCUAUAAAUGUUGGCUAUUGUUAAAUGUUGAAUAUUGUUCAGCGACGAGUUCGCCCGUCUUUGCAUGAGAAAUACGCGUCUUCAUGGUUUAAUAUUACUUUUUAUUUUAAUUGUAGAUCUUUUUUCAGAUAAUUUUGAAAAGUGAUUUAAACACCAUAAUUAAAAAACAUUUAACUGCUCGAAUCAUUGCUUAUACAUAAUCAAUUUUUAUCGUUUAAUGUUUUUAAAUAUUCGAUAGAUGUUUAUUUCAUAUGAAAAAAUAUUUUAAAACGUACUUAAAAAAAAAAUAUUUCUUUAAUAUUAAUUUUAGCUACUUAUGUUUUUCUGACGUUAAUAUUUUGGGUGAAUAUUCAUAUGAUUAAGAACUUUUUUUUACAUUUUAAACAAUUUUUUAGAUUUAUGUUUUUUAUCAAUUGCAAAAUAUUAGAAUAACUAAACUAUUUUAAUAACACUAAAUUUGAAUUAGUAUCUGGAUAAAAAUUAAUCUGCAUCUAGCAUCUAUGGUUAUAAUAAUUUAUUUUAAACUGCUUAUCUUGAAAAUACUUCAUUUCACUUCAUCUGUUACGCGACUUUUGUACUGCACUUUUUUAAAUUGUAUUUGAUGUAUUUAAAAAAGAAAUGAGAAAGCAAUAGGCAUUUUUUUUCAUGCAGUAACAUUUUUAAAGAUUUUAAUAUAAGCGCGUGCUUCUCAGGCGAGCGCGAUGAGCUCUCCGCGUUCUAAUUGUAAUCUAAUCUAUUUGGGGAUCGAGCGGACGCGCCGGAUCUAUCGGUCCCCGCAAAAAAAAAAAAAUCACUGAGCAUCCUUGGUCACGGAGAAAGGAGCUUCUGGUGUUUUUCCCUCUUUCCCACUUUCCCUCUCCGAAUUUCCUUCUUGUUCUCUUUCUCUCUUUCCUUCUACCUUCCUCACUUUUUCCUCUGAACAUAAACGUCUCUCCGACUUCCUGUGUGCAUGCGUGUGGGAUCGGCACGAAUCUCGUGUUUCUCGACAGUGUGCCGGGCCUACUUAUAUUUUGUAAGCGCCAGAAAAUCCGGGAUUUGCGGGAGACACGAGAUGCGUCGCGCGCGUUAUAAAAAAAAAGGAAAUAUCAGUGCCCUCUCGACAAUAUCCUGCCCUCCCCGGACGCACCCCCCCGCCCUGAGCCGUUUCCCGUUGAUCCCCGUUUUGACGAAGUGCGAAGGGGGCGACCAGUGGAUGCAACACAGUGAUACUUUCAGACAAUACAUUACGAUUAAUUACACUUGUAUUGGUAAUAAAUUAAUCUACUACGAUUAUAUUGAACUCGAUUAAAGAGAAAUAUACAAUAUAUAUAUAUUCGAUUUCGGUCAAUGCUAAAUGAUUAUUAUAAUACUAAUUGAGAAAUAAAGUGUGCUCUAUGUCA